UAGGAGGAGUAUCCAGCAGCAUCUCCUCCCUCCUCUCCCUCUCUGUCCAGCAGGAAGUUUGACUUCUGUUGAGGCUGUUGCAGCAGAGACUCCGCGGGCGGUUGAACCCACGACUAGAUCCCGGGGAGAUGACUUGAACAGCGGAUGGCUGGACCGUUCCCACCCGCUCUUAACUUUUACUGGACACAAAUGACAGAAGACUCAAUAUGCUCUCAAAGGAGAACCUCACGCGACUUCACACCAGCUCAGAGUUUGUAAACCGCUGAGUGGAAAUCAUUGAGGCAUCAUGGCAAACGUGAAAGUUGCAGUUCGAGUUCGCCCUCCUAACGCGAGGGAGAGUGCGGACGGAGGGAGGCUAGCAGUACAGGUGGAGGACAAGUUUGUGAAGAUCCGUAAUGUUAAGCUGGACGGGCGCACAGACAGUGCCAUAGACUCGAGGGAGAAGCUUCUGGAGUUUUGUUUUGACUACUGCUACUGGUCAGUGGACCCUGCAGAUCCUCACUACGCCUCGCAGGAGGAGGUGUUCCAGGACCUGGGUGUGUCGGUGCUGUCUGGAGCUUCUGAGGGCUACAAUGUGUGUCUAUUUGCUUAUGGCCAAACAGGAUCUGGAAAGACUUACACCAUGAUGGGAACACAGGGCUCCAUUGGAUUGACACCUCGGAUCUGUCAGGGUCUCUUUAGGUCUGAAGACACUUUUCCUGACGGGCAGAACUCGAGCAGGGUGGAGAUCAGCUUCCUUGAGAUCUACAACGAGCGUGUGCGAGACCUGCUGAGAGGAGGAGAGCAGAAGAAGAGAGCCUCCCUGAGAGUACGGGAACACCCUGACAAAGGACCCUAUGUUCAAGACCUGUCCCAGCAUGUGGUCUCCAACUGCAAGCAGGCUAUGGAUCUUUUGGAGGAGGGCAUCGCCAACCGCAUCACCGCAGCGACCCACAACCAUGACGCCAGCAGCAGGUCCCACGCCAUCUUCACCAUCCAGUACACACAGGCAAUCCUCGAAAACAACCUUCCUUCGGAGACUGUCAGCAAGAUAAACCUGGUGGACUUGGCUGGGAGUGAGCGUGCGGACCCCAAUUACUGCAGGGACAGACUGACAGAGGGCUCAAACAUCAACAAGUCACUGGUCACUUUAGGCAUCGUCAUAUCUGCUCUUGCCCAGAACUCCCAGAUGUCGAGCAGCUGCCAGAGUAUCAACAGCAUGGCCUCUGAGGGCGAUGGCAGCACGGUGGGCAGCCACAGCAGCUCCCUGUCAGGCGGAGGAGGAGGUGGUGGUGCAAGGAGGCACUGCUUUAUCCCCUACAGAGACUCUGUCCUAACCUGGCUGCUGAAAGACAGCCUGGGCGGCAACUCCAAGACCAUCAUGAUUGCAACCGUAUCGCCCUCAGCUAACAGUUACAACGAGACCCUCAGCACCCUGCGCUACGCCGCCCAUGCCAGAAAUAUUGUCAACAAGCCUCGUGUUAACGAGGACGCCAAUGUUCGGCUGAUCAGGGAGCUGAGAGAGGAGAUUGACAGGCUGAAGAGCAUGCUGCUCAGCUUUGAGGAGCAGCGGAACCCCAGUCCAUCCCUGAGCGAUGAGAGGGAUGGAAAUCUUUCUGACAUCGUGCUGCAGAACGAGCUUAAGGUGGAGCAGCUAACGAAGGAUUGGUCGGAGAGCUGGAGAGACAAGAAGGAGCUGCUGGAGCAGUACAGUGUGGACAUCAACAGAGAGCGAGCCGGUUUCCUCAUUAACUCACUACAACCGCACCUGGUCGCUCUGGACAGAGAUGUUCUCAGCACCGGGGUCGUGUUCUAUCACCUGAGGGAAGGAGUAACUCGCAUAGGACCUCAGGAGCAGUCUGGGGACGCACAAAUAGUACUGCAGGGCAGUGCCAGCUGUGAGAUUGAAAACCGCGGAGGUGUUGUUACCCUGAGACCCCUUUCGGGCUGCGUCUGCCUGCUCAACGACAGAGAGGUCACCGAGCCCUGCAGACUGGCUCAAGGGAUGGUAAUCACCUUGGGAGGAGAGCACAAGUUUCGUUUCAACCACCCGGCAGAGGCAGCCGUCCUCAGGGAACGCAGACGGGCCAGUGAAAGCGGUAUGACCUGCACCUACAUCGACCUUUGCCCCCUGAGUCCUGACCACAGUGUCGAAGACAUAAAACUCCAAGGGCAGCUGGGUGACUGUCUCUCCCCCAGUGAGGAGCCUACUGCAAGGCAGCGUGUGGAGGAACAGCAGUGCUACGUGGAGAGUUUGCGUCAGGAGAUUCACGCUGAACAGAGACAGGCUGAGAGAGAGCUGGAGAGGGAGCAGACCCAUCUCCGACAGCAACACAAUGAGAUCCAGCAGUGGAUAUUGCAAGAGAAACAGCGCCUAACAACUGUUGAGCAGAGACUCACCCAAGAGUCAGGAGUUCAAACAGACCUCAUCCCUGAACCCCUCACCGAGCGACUCACAGGUCAGACACCUGAGGAUCAGGAAUGUCAGACUGUCGAUCGGCUGCCGCUGGUGGUGAAGGCCAGGAAGAGGGCGGUGCAUGACGAGCUCCUCAAGCAUCACUCCCUUUGCCGCGCAGAGAGCCGCAUCAGGCGUAAAAGGUUGCACUAUCAGCUGGAAAGAAUUGCCCGCAAGCGGCAUCUGUUGGAAGCUAAGAGGGAAUUGCAACGGCUGGAAAGGGACCUGCCUCCAGGACCGGACAGCCCCGAUUCCCCUGAGUCCCCAACAAAAAUCAGAGGAAGACAGUUUGUCUCUCGUAGGCACUCAUUCUCUGCAGAUAUAUUGUCCCGGCUCUAUCCACAGAACACGCCCAUCUUCAGACACUUCCUCAAGAGAAACAGAUCCACAGAACUGACUUCAAAUUCCUCCUCAACCUCAGACUCCAUCGGCAGCAGGAAAUGGGUUUCAGAUGAGUGUCUUCCUCGUGAAAGAACCCAGAGUUGUUCUGCUACGAUCUUCUCAGGACAGAGUCAGGACAGCAGGAGCAGAGUAAGCUCCUGUGAGAGCGUUAGACCAACUGUCAAAGAUGAGCCCAGAGCUCAGCCCUGCAGGGAUCGACCAGAAAGAAAACCUCUGCUCCCAAACCGAGACCUGACCUUUAAGAACAGGUCAGAUCAGAACUCAGCGAUCAGCCUGAAGUCACCCGUUGGAACUGCUAUGCAGCCAAUCAGCAAAGAAAAUGUACAAGAACCCAAAAUGAGUGAGCCAAGCUGUCAGAUUCUCUCUUGCACUAAUGAGAAAACACCAUCCUUUCCAAGUAACAAUGGACUAGAACCCAUCAGAAAGACUUUGUCUCAUUCUGUAGGGCCCAGGUUAAAAACUGCUCUUUAUAAAGUGUUCAAGAAACCACCACCAGGUGCAAAUGGAGGAAGAGGCCCCAAACCUUUGGGGAGGAUAGCCAGCAAAUUUAACGGGAGACAAAGAAAAGAGGGGGGCAUUAAAGACGCCAAGAUGAGCAGAAGCAAAUGUGCUGUUAAAACAGCCGUCUCAUGUGAAGACCUUGACCAAAGCACUCAGUUUGAGGAUGCUAGGCAGAGGCGAUGGCAUAGUACUGAGGCUUUAAUGAAGACUAGCAGAUGGUUGGAGAACCAGCAGGGAUUGAUUGGAUGGGAAGAAGAGCAAGACGACAAGGAUGAAGGAAUGUCAGACUGUGAGAGCCUCUUCUCCCUUGAUUCUCUGUCAUCUGCUUAUGCUAUAGCUUUAGCAGAGCAGCUUAAGCAAGAGGAGGCAGCUCAGAGUGAAACAGAAAGUGAGGACAGUCAGAUGUCUAAAGAUUCACUGGCUGUGGAAAGCAGUAGGAAAUUCUCACUGGUAGAGCGGUUUAGCCAAACAUUGGUGCCAACCUACUCAUUGGUGACAGAUGGCUCCAAUUCAUCUAUACAGCAUAAUGGAAAAGCAGGGAAGAGUUUAGCUGGGAACAGCUGUCACAAACCUCAGGAAAUCCCACUAGAGGAGUACCAGAGACAGCGAGGCUCUCAUAGAUCAAGUCACCAUGGUGCAACGAGGCAGCCUCCUCCCCACAACCAAUUAGUGGCAGAUUCCAGGUGCAGAGACACUGUACACAAAUUGAUUGAAGACUCUGGGAGCAUGCAGACUGUUUUGACCGUUAGCCCACGAUCCCUGAGCAGCUGCAGCACAAAGGAGCCAGAAAACAUGCUGGCUCUCACUGAUGCUUGGUCCUCCACAGAUGCAGCAGACAGUCCCAGGAUUCACAGAGAUUCUCUUCCUUUCCAAAGGAAAAAUAUUCUCAGUGGCAUAGAGAAUAGCAGUAGUAGCAGUCCCAGUCCAACCAGUACACAUAUCUUGGACUCUCAGAGUGACUCUAGAAGCUGCAGCUCAGCGUCCACCAGCUCUGAGGGUGCACAUGUGACAGUGCAGGAACACAGUGCUGGAUUUUCAAGGGGAACAUCAGAGACAUUCGAUUUUCAAGACUCUCAAAUUCUAACAACAAAACAUGAAACUUUGAAGGAGGUAGGAUGUUGUGUUGAACAUCUGGGAGAAAAAGAGUAUGUGGGAAAAGCCUACGAUGAUACUUCUAAUCACAGCAACAACAUAAGUCCAGCAUCCUUACCUGCCUUGAAUCAAACCAUGUGUUUGUCACCAAGUGGGGUCCACCACAUUAAAGAACAAGCCUCUCAUGUCACAGUUCUCCAGGUCUUCACAGAUCAGCCUGAAUUAGUGGCAGCUGAUGUUGCAAUGUCCUCCGAAACUGAAAUUUAUCAUCAAUUGGUUACACAUUUCUCCGCAAGUCCUACCAACCAAGGUCAAGUUUUGAGAAAGAAUUCUGACCUUGAAAGUGCCUUCAAGCCGUCAAUUGAAGAUGCUGAGCUGUGCAAUCUAGAUUGUUCAACAGAAAUGUUGAAAGAUUUUCAGCAAUAUGACUUUGGGAAUACCAAUUUUCUAACAAAGGACCAAACGUUGGAUAAAGCUGAAACCAAAGGCACUGAGCCGUACAUUGCUCUACAGCGGGAGCUUGUUAAAUCGGCUUGUAAAAAUUCCAGGAAGAGGAACAAAGACCAACAGGAUUCUUUCAUGGGCAGCCUGAAAAUACCAAAAUGGACCAAAUGCAAAGAGUCGGUAACUUUGUGCCUUACACCAAUUGGCAGCCAAGAUGGUAUUUGGCCUGAUGACAACAAUAACACCAGUGACUCAAAAGAGGAGCAAUCUUCUGUGGAAGCUGACAGCCGUGAAUUUGAUUCCAUUUGUGUUGAUGGCAGAAAAAGACAGGACAGCGCGGCUUCAGUGGUGUCGCCAGUUUAUGAUCCCAUAAGCGGGAAACUUGGGCCCAGUCGUCAGAUCUUUGAGGACUUUGAAUGUGUUAACAAAUGUUCUCAGGGUGGUACCUCCGUAGGGGAGAGAAUGCUGGUUAAAACGGUUGGUGUAACAAUAAAGGACAUACCUGCAGAAACAAAAGGAGACCAAUGCCAAACUGAUUACCCCAGAAAAUAUCAAGAAGGUAGAAAACACAUAUGCAAGUCUGAUGCAAUUUGUAGCGCCAUUGAUCUGAGGAUUUCAGAAGUGGUGAAAGAGCACAUGAGAUUGUCAUUGAAUGGCCGCACUGUUGAGAAGCAGAGCAGGAGCAAAAGCCUGAAUGCUUUAUGUUCUGCAGUUCAUCUUGGCUGUAAUAGUGAUCAGAAUACAGUGACAGAAAAAGAAGUGAGAGAUCAUAUGAGUAAGCCACUGAAAGAUGAAGGAACCUUUGGUGGACCCAAUUUCCUUGACAGGAUGAAAGGUGAAAGCAUUGUGGAAAAAAGUGAGAACCUUGAUCAGAUUGAUCCAUCAGAUCAACCAGCUGAAUUGAUGACUGCCCAUGAGAACAGCACACUAAAACCAUCUGACGUGAUGCAGAAGAUUGACCAGGGUCAAACAUUUUGUGAUGGAACAUCAAACAAGCCAACAGUUGAUCAUCUAGUUGUCGAUUUCCAAAACUUCUCUGACAAAGAGAACACCCAACCAAACCCAACAGCAGAUAACCAGAAAGAGUCUGAGCACUCUAGCAGCCCCAGUUUGGAACAAAAUGGUUUGUCCUCAAGAGUUUCUCAUGAAAUCACCAUGGAGAAAGAUGCUUUUCUUCAAGAAAUGAAUGUCACAGGUGAACAGAAAGUGAGAUCAACUAGUUUCUUUAACGUCAAGGAUCCAUGCGCUCAUGAAUUGGGAACCCAGAGGGGUUUUGAUGCCUCUGACGUGAAUCCUCAUUUCCCACAACUUCAACAAACACCCGAUGAAACACCUUUUACCAAUGGUCAUACAAAGGAAAACUGUGGCUGUAACCAAGUCAAGGAUAUCAGUGUUGAAGCCAUAGCUUGUGUUGAAGGUGAAGAUGGUUACUCUUACGAACAAAGCUCACAAAGUACACUUCAGCCUCUCAGAAAUCAAUCUGAAGUAUCUGGAGCUGUAAAGUUAUCAUCUGAUGAACCACAUAACACCGACAAGAACACAAACACUCAUGAGAGUGCAUCAAUAAAAGGCUUUCCUGUUACUCCUGGGGGAAUUGGUGAUUCUGAGAACACAGCUGGAGGUAAGAGUUGUGUCGCAGCACAAGAUCGACCUAGCUGUGUACAGACUUGUUCAAACAACUCAGCCCAGACUUGUGAUGUCAGUACAAAUUACAGCAACAUUGAACACUUAUCAAAGUCACUGUGCCACUUUGAUAAAGAUACUCAAAUUGACAGCCAACAACGUUGUGUAAUCAAAGAUGAGAUGUUUACCAACCAAUCUGAAGCUCAGGUUCAUAAAGUCUUCUCAGAACAGGAAGUAAGUCCAAUCAGUUCUGUGGAGCCAGAACCCAGAGUACCCAAGGAAAAUGUCAUUCAAAAUACAAGUUGCUUUAGACAAGUUCAGCGAAACACAUGUGGUGAUAAACAUCCAAAUUCUGCUCUUAUGUCUAAAAAGGCAAGAUCGAAGAGAUUCAGAAGGUCUAAGAUCCAGACUCAUCCAAGCUCUUCCUCAGAAUCCUCCCUUAAAUCAUCAGAUGCAGAUGAGGAAGAUGACAAUGACACCAGAAUGCUUUACACUCGUCUCUCAUCUAAAUAUGUGAAACUUGGACAUCAGAGCAAUGGCAAGCAGGAGACGAGACAGGUUGAAAGAAUCAAUGAAUAUAUUUCUUCUACAGUGUUGGCAAGCAAAUCCAAAAUCAAUACUUGUUCUGGUGUAACUCUAGAUAGAAGGGAAAGACGCUCUCUACCCUCUCAAGGAAUGUCACAAAAGACUGAAAAAAUCUCCCUGUAUGCAAGGAAAGGGGAAACAGAACAUACACUCAAGGGUCAAGACUCCCCUAUGCACUUUGCCUCCAGUGACAUCAACCCUUUUGUCCACCAAUGGCAAGGAGAUGACGCAGAUCAACACUGCUUCAAGAACCCAGCGUUUGGAAGUGCUGCUGACCUCACAUGUAAAUCUCCACUUUUGAACAGCACGGAGAAACGAAUCACAAGAUGCUGCAGCGUUGAUAAUGGUUUGAACGGGCAGAACUCGCCUUUCAAUUCCCAUCUGAGCACCUAUGCCACCAACAAGGGGCUCUCCAGCACGCUCAGCAGUAUGGAGGACUAUAAGGAAGAGAAGAGCAAAACAUCGCACCCCUCUCAGCAGGCUUCUGUUGACACUGGCAGUCAUCUGGUCAGUCUUACAGCAACUGAAAGUUCUCUGAGUAAUGACGCUACUAGUGGUGUUGGUAACAACUCCAGUCGGGUGGAUGAAAUCAUGUUUGUUUACUCUGAACAAGAGUCCCAGUCAAGUGAAACACAGACACAAAGAAGUAUGUGUGAAAAUGGCACCCAAACUGAGCAUUGCCUUCCUACGUUAAAAACUGGCAACAGUGACGGUGCUCCAAAGAGGAAAGAGCGCCACAAAAGGAGCAAAACAGAUGGACCUGCAACUCAGAAAACCAAAGUGGACAUUAAAGAAUCUCCAACAUGGGCCAGUAUGGAAAGCAUGUCUGCUCACCUCUCAAAGCUGAUCAACAGCACCUCAGACAUGCUGGAGGAUGUUCAGGGAAUGAGGUCAGGAGAGACCCUCAACUCCACUCCAAAGAGGAGCUUUAACUUGUCGAAUAUGACCAUGUCUGAUGUUGACUGCUCCAAAAGAGAGUGCUCAACUCAAGCAUCCAUAGAUGUUGCAGUCCAGACGGAUGGAUCUUCACCGAUCGAGAAAGAUUCUAGUGUUCCUCAAACGCCCAGUGCAGCAACCAAACCUCAUGAAGUCAAUGUGAUAGUCAAAGUGAUUGGUUCUGAGGUUGUCAGCGUGUCUCAAGACAAGAAAGUGCACUGUGUGGUGAAGACAGAUGAGAGGAUGCAGAGUAUGCCCAACCUGAGCCAUUCUUCAGCACAAAUCUCUGACUCUCAAUCAGAGAAUAGCCCAUCAUCUUCUUUGAAGACUGCUGGUGAAUGUCAAAGACGCGUGAAAUCAGCUUCUUCUAGAUUCUCAAAGCAAAGCCCGCCUCAGGCACUGGACCAGAAACGUAAUGCGAUAUCUGAAAUGACCCGAAGAUCAUCAAAGAAACAUGAAAAUCUUAGUCCCCGUUUGAGGAAUGAUGUUAAACAAGCAACAUACACAGACCGGGCAUCCUCUCCGAUAAUGACGGUGGCAGCGAGACUACGCGUGAAGCAGAAAGGAAACCAAUCAACAUGGUAUCCCUCUAAGUACCAGGAUAGACAUAAAGACAGUAAUUCUGAAAGAGACAGCCUCACUGUGCCCUCGAGCAAAGCGUCAGGAUCCACUACUGUUUCAGAGUUUGACAAAAUGCCCAGACAGGAUUAUGAUGCUUCAUCCUGUAAAUCAGAAUCCUUAUCCCGGGAUAAAGUGAGUGAAAUAAGUUGCAUAAGCCCCAAAGACUCUGAUAAAAGCUCUGUAGGCCUGACGUCAUCUCUGGAUGUAUACUCGGACAGCAGCAGGAGAAAUGUCAGCUAUAAAGGAGACGGAUCCAAAAGACACUCCUAUCAGGAGUGGAGGACUUCAACAGAAGGUUUUACUGUGCAGGGCCAAAUCUCCCUCAUAUUAAGACCAACUGAUGGGCACAAAGUGAGACGUUCAGAAACAUCCAGCUACAGAGGAGCUGCAGUUGAGACUUUAGAUUCUUACAAUGAUUCCUACAACCCGUCCCCAGCGAGCGACGGGGCUGUUCAGCUUCAGGAGGACGAUAUGGUGUCACUGGCACCCAGCGAAUGCAACACAGACAUCCUCGUGAACAUCAAACCUGUCGCAAACAUCUCCCCGCGUCAAGACCAAAAGACAUACCCGGAAGACCUGCCCAUGCACAAUAAGUUCAACAACUGGUCAGGCAUCAGCCACCAGCAAUCAAAACCCUCCAACAAACAGGCCACGCUCCUUCCCAAAGACAACGUCAAGAGCAGGAAGAGCGCAGAGUGGGGUGAGAUGGAGAGUUACGGCUCACACGUUGAGUCCAUGGUGCAGGGUGACCGAAGAGUGAGAGAGAUAGAGAGGCUGAGACAGGAGAGAGAGCAGGUGAUGGCGACGGUCAACCUCAGCAUGAACCCCACGCCGCUGACUGUGGAGCUCACAGAGGCCAAGCUACAUUACGGUCUUGGAGAGACAGAUACACUGUUGAAGAUGCUAUCCCCGAGGUCAUCAGAGGAACCUGAAACAACAACGUCUGCACCAAGCAAACAGCAGCUGUAUGACAAACACCGCAGGAGCAUUCAGGGUUUGAAGCAGGAGAGGGAGGAACGUCUUCAGACUUGUCGAAGAGCUCGCAGUCUGAGUCCCGGCAAACAUCUUUGCUCCUCUCCACAAGAGGCUGUAGCCUCCUCCAAGGUGUCUGCCCCCACGCCCAGCCAGCGUAAACAGUACCUACAACAGCCCCGCAGAGAGGUUGUAGACAGCACCAGAAUACCAGACCCCCCACGAGGAGAGGGCCAGUGUCCCUCUGACAUCGAGCAGCUGCUGCGGGAGUACGGGCGAGCUCGUGAGGAGGCCAGGACAGAGAUUGCGAAGGCUCGAGAGCGACUGCGAGAGAGGACGGAGCAGGAGAAGAGGAGGCUUCAGCAGCAGGCUCUUUCUCAGGAGGUCAAGGAUGACCUGAAGCAUCGGACAAGAAUCAGUAACAGCACCUUGUGCACCGGAUCCAGCCUGAGCCUCUCUUCUGGACCAACGUCAGGGUACAACAGCGGCAACACCGCCCAGCUACAGCAAGGCAGCAGAACUCCUCUAAAUACACAGAUCCCAGGGUUCCAGGAUGAAGGGCUGAAGGUCAGGACACGUCCUCCUAUAUGUGGUCCUCAAAGUGUGAAGACACAGAGAGUCUGGCUGUCGGCCCACGAUGUCCGCCUCGAGCCUCCUGUCACCGGUUUUGAGCCCCUGAUGACUUCAACUCCAUCACCAGCUACUUGUCCUCGUCAACGCACCGCCUCCUUUGGCUCCUCUUCUUCCAUAUCCACAAACUAUCAGGACAUCACAUCCAGUCUGCUCGGUCGAGCUCUGGCUGAGGUGCGACUGGCGUCCUCUGGGGAUUUGAAUAACCUGAUGACAGGCAAGGCCACAGCAGGCUGGAGAUAUCAGGGAGAAGAACGAGGCAUCCAGGCUUACUACAAGCCCUCCUCCAGCCCGUCUGUCCAUGGUUUCCUGGGGGCCGGGGAGCUGAACAGACCCCUGGACAGUCUGUGGAACAUAAUCUGCCAGCUGUCCAAGAGCCACAUGUACAAUCAGUCAGUCCGUUCAGUCUGGACACGACCACUAGAUGACAGCACUCAGCUGGUCUACAUACUGACUGAUCCCUCCACCUGCCACCUCAGCCAGCCGCGGGACUUCUGCUGCAUUAGCACCGAGUCUAAACAGGGUGGCCGCUACGUGCUGGCAAUGCAGUCUGUGUUUGAGGAGACUCUGCCUCGUCCUAGUGUGGACGCUGUCAGAGGGGAGAUGAUGCCAAGUUGUUGGGUCUUGCAGCCAGUCAGACGUAAUGGACAGGAAGUCACAAGGGUCAUCCACCUGCUACAGGUGGACCUUGGAACUCCAUCUUUCCCUCACCGACUAUUAAACACUGUGGCCAGAAGACAGGCAGCUGUCAUCGCUGACCUUGAUGUCUUCCUCUCUUCUUAAAUCCCCGGGAUGAAGACACAUUAGCAGUGAGCACUUAGACUAAACUGUCCCCAGCAGGGAGUUAGUCUGUCUUUAACUUUUGCACCUGAAAACUCUUUACUUGACUUUUUUUACAUUCUAAGAGCACUGUUACAUUGAUUUUGAAGUUUGAAAGUUGAAGCAGCUUUUUUCUAUGAAGGUAUUUUUUACAUCAAAUAUUGAAAGUGUAUUUUUUUAUAUGUGCAGUGUACAUUAUCGCUUGUAACAAUCAGAUUAUACCAAAGAUUUAUAACUUGUCUUAGGGAUCAACUUAAAAGGAAACAUUAAGCUUGAUAAUAAAAUAUCCAGGGCAGCAAGUUCUCAACGUUCCCACAACUGAUCCAUUUGUUUUAUCUGAUGAAAGGUGAGUUUUUACAUUAUCUUCUGAUAAGUACCAGCAGUAAGGCUCCUUUAAAUACUUUGACACAAUGUAGUUUCAGCUGGAUUCUACCCUAAUGAAACAUAGACAGCCUACUGUGUUAGUUUGCAGAGACAGCUGGAGGACCUUUAAACUGAAGUUUAGUAGAUGGUCAAUAGAAAUUCUGAGGUUACACUUAUUUAAAGCUCCUGUAAUGAGGAGGGGUAGGUGUCAGACCAAGUGAUUACCUACAUGCUACUGACUUUUAUUCACUUUUUAAAGAGAGCAGGAUUUGAUUUUUGUAGUCAAGAAACACUGAUAAGACAUGUCCAAGACAAAAUCUGCAAUUACCACUUUGUCCACAGGGGGUGCCAAAAUCGACAAAAAACUGAAAGUUCCCCUCAGGAGCUUUAAUGUUGUUUACUACCCAAGUGUGAUUUCAUCAUUUUUUGUACUUUAAAAUGUUACAAGAAAAUGUAAAUACACCUUAGUUUUAGGAUAAUAUUCUGCAGCUGUACUACUUUGUGAUAGAUUUGUUAGCAGUUUGCAUAUACUGUAAAGCUAACAGCAGAUAUGUACUUAUUUCCUCAAGCACUGCAUAUUUCACCCACUCAAAGACCCUAAUCCUGCAGAACAUGAGUGUGUUAAAGGAGGAACACUUAGACUCUUUUUGGGAGUGCAUUUGGAUCAAGUAGGAUUUUUGGAUUCUAUGUUAAUAAUUUAUUUCAGCUAUCCUUGAUUAUAAGCUUACAACAAAAAACACCAUUGAAUUUUUUAAGAAUUAAAAAAGAAAGUGCCUUACUUUUUGACAAGUUUCAUACAAGUGUAAUUUCCCCUCCGUCCCUAAGCUAUGUGUUGGAUAGUCAGGUGCUGUAUUAAACUAAAUGAAGCAGAUUACUGUUAUAUAAUUUAUUUUUUUUCUACGUCAGCAAAGUUAACAACCACUUAGCAGCACUUUGUGAUAUAACAGAUUUGUAGCCUUACAGGGAAGUGGUGAGUAAGAAAGUUAAGUACUUUUAAAUGAAAGAAGUCACAGGGCAAGUAGCAUUAAACCAAAGGUCUCUGAUUCAAGCCCUUUAAACUGCAACCAACCCUGAUCUCUAACCUCCUUUUUUAUUUCGCUGUAAAAGCUACAGAAAAACCAACACCAUAUGGUACCCCGAUUCAGCAUGAAAUGAAUUCCAAAGGCCUUUAGUUCUCACUGGCCUCUGAAGUCGUAUUUAUUUUGUUCUUGUAUUCUGUUUGAAAUGCUGUUGAAUGUGUUUUGUAGUUGUGUUUUAUACGCAAAGCUUGGUGCUGUGUUGCCCAAAAUAUUAAUGCAUUCAUUCAUGUUAUGUUUUGAAUAGUGCUUUUGCUUUUACUUUGUGUUACUAUGCAGCAGCUGAAUCAAAGGCAGGACAGCUCUCAGUCAAAGCCGGGUCAGCUGCAUAUGGAUAUGAAGCCAUAUUAUUUACAGUAGUUGUAGGUUCAGGACUGUUUGGGCUCUGCUCAGUUUGUGACUAAAGAUUUUCCCCUGGGGAACCAAAGACGAGAAAUACUGAAGACACAGUGAAGGAACAUGGUGACCACUUUUUGUACUGAUUUUUUUCUAUAUUUCUAUAUAUAUAUAUUAAUUGCUCAUUUCAUUUUGUAAAAAAAACAUUGUUAUUUAUGUUUUGAUGGUAAGUUGUAAAUGUAUUUUAUUAUAAACACUCAGCUUCCUGUUGCUUUUAAGACGUGUUUUGGCCCGUUUUUUUUGGCCAUUUUUUAUAAAAACAAUACAUAUUUGAAGUAAAA